GAGUACAAAUAGUGCAGUUAACGAACAUUAUUCAUAUAGGUGACACUGGUUAGCGGGGAAAAAUUUAAAUGUCUGCCGGUCCUAUAGUUUUCUCUGUUUCAAAUAUUGUUAGAUCCUGCACCUAGUCUUUCGCUGGUAAAGCUGAUGUAUGCUCAAGUGAAACAGUGGGGCGGACUCGGAAGGUAUAUAUUAUAUAAGUGCGGUGGUAGUUACUAUAAAUAUUAUUAUUAACAUUAAAAACAAUGCAUCUCCGAAUAUUUGCUUCGUACAUUUUUACGUUAUGGUUCAGCCAAUGUUUAAGUUGUGUCACACCUCCAUUAGAUUGUCCAAAUGAAAAUAUUACUUUUUGGUUGUAUACGAGAGCAAACCCGGAGAAUCCUUAUGAAGUUAAACCAUUGAAUAUUGAAUCAAUACAGUCAGCUCCAUGGGUCAAAGACGCGCACGUUAAGAUAUUAAUCCACGGGUACACGGGGCAUAAGGAUUUCUCGCCAAACACUGAAAUUCGCCCGGCUUACUUGAAUUGCUGCGAUUAUAACAUCAUCACUAUUGACUACAACCCAAUAGCUCGAGAGCCAUGUUACUUGGAGUCUGCGCGAAACACCGAAAUUGUUGGUAAAUGUACAGCCCAGUUCAUUGACGACCUGGUCAAAACCCAUAAUUUCAACUUGGACAAGUUCCACCUCAUCGGCUUUAGUCUUGGAGCUCAGAUCGCGGGUUUUGUAGGAAAUUAUUUAACAUCGGGUCUAUUGGGCAGAAUUUCUGGAUUGGAUCCAGCAAUGCCCUUAUUCGUCACAACUGACAUCACAAAAAAAUUGGACAUAUCCGAUGCCCAAUUUGUAGACAUUCUUCACACAAAUGCACGAAAAGGAAAACUUGAAGCCAGUGGCCAUGUCGACUUCUAUGCGAAUGGUGGAAUGUCACAACCAGGCUGCAAAGCAUCUGCCGAACAGACAAAGUCCGGCUGCGAUCAUGCUCGAGCUCCUGUUUAUUUCGCGGAGUCCAUUCUUACUGAUAUUGGUUUUUACGCAACUAAAUGUGCGUCUUGGAUUACCUACAUUAUUGGCUGGUGUGAACUUAAUACAGAUGACAACAUGCUAUAUGGAGAACAUGUGCCUAGAACGUCUUCUGGGAUGUACUUUUUCUUUACAAAUUCGGAACCACCUUACGCACGCGGCCAUGAAAAGAGACUAACUAGAGACGCCGAAAUUGAAUUAGCAAAUGAGACUAAUAAAAGUAUUGAAUAUAUUUAUUAAAA